AUGGAGGCCAUAACACCCCCUGAACAUCUUCUCAGCUCAUGGGCGGACGAUUCAUCACUCAUCCGUAAACUGGAUUUAUGGACAUCACUAUGUCUCGGCAUCAUCCUCAUCAGCAUCUUCACGAUAGUACCCCACAUUCGCAAACCUUCUCGCAAACUCCCCUCCGUCAACCCGGGACGAAUAUUUGACUUUUUCGACCAAGAGCGGAAGAAGGGAUUCUUGAUGAAUGCUCGUCGUAUCAUGGAAGACGCUCGGACUCAAUUUCCCGGCCAGCCUUACAGACUUAUGACGGACGUUGGCGAGACAGUAGUCAUUCCGCCAGAUCUUGUUCACGAUAUUCGCAACGAGCCAGGGUUGAGCUUCGCAAAGGCUUUUGCAGACAACUUUCACCCUCAACUGAGUGGAUUCGAAGGCUUCGCCGUUGGCAACAGACCUGAUGGUCUUUUCCAGCUCGUCAUCAAGAAGCGCAUCACCAAAUUGCUCAACCAAAUCACGGAGCCUCUUGCGUCAGAAACUAGAUUCGCUGUCAACCACAUCUUCGGCAAGCCCGCCGAAUGGCAAGAGUACAAUACCAAAGACACCAUCCUCGACCUCAUCUGCCGCCUCUCCUCCCGCGUCUUUCUCGGCGAUGAAGUAUGCCGCGACGAAGCCUGGCUCGCGAUAACAAAGUCCUACACCGUCAACGCCUUCUUCGGCGCCGAGAUCCUGCGUCCGUACCCGUAUUGGCUGCGCUACGCCGCCAACUUGUUCCUACCUGAGUGCAAGACUCUUAGAAGGCAGGUAUCUGAUUCUCGAGAUAUCAUUGAGCCGGUGCUUCAAAAACGCAGAGACGCACGGCAGCGGGCUAAGGAAAGGGGCGAACCGGCGCCGAAGUUCAAUGAUGGCAUUGAUUGGUUCGAAGAGGAGAGUCAGGGGCGAGAGUAUGAUGUCGUUGGCGCGCAGCUGGGUCUGUCGGUCGUUGCGAUUCAUACCACCACGGAUCUACUCGUAGAGACGAUGCUUCGUAUUGCAGAGCACCCCGAACUAUUUGACGUCAUGAGGAAGGAAAUUGUUGAAGUUCUCACCGCUGAAGGCUGGAAGAAGACGGCUCUUUUCAACAUGAAACUCAUGGACAGCGUUCUCAAAGAGUCGCAACGACUGAAGCCUGUUACAUCUGCAAUCAUGGCCCGCAUGGCAACCCGCCAAGUCACCCUCCCCAACGGCCUCAAACUCCAAAAAGGAGAACGUUGCGUCGGCGACCUGGGCAAGAUGCAUGAUCCCUCCAUCUACCCGAACCCCGAAGCCUUCAACGGCUACCGCUUCCUCGAGAUGCGCGGCGACGCGAAACUCGACAGCCAGGCCCACCUCGUCAGCACGUCGCCCUCUCACCUCGGCUUCGGCCAUGGGCAGCACGCGUGCCCGGGUCGCUUCUUCGCCGGCAACGAGCUCAAGAUUGCACUGGCGCAUUUGCUAAUGAAGUUUGACUGGAAGUUGACGCCUGGGUACAAGCAUCAGUGGCAGGAGUGGGGGUUUGCGUGGAACUCGGACAGUACGGCGAAGUUGUUGUUCAGGAGGAGGGAGGCGCCGGAGAUUGAUAUCGAUGCGAUUUGA